UUUAAAUGGCUGUAUUUUGGAAGGAAAGUACUUUUCCCGGCCUCAUUUAAUGAUAACUGAUGCAUUUAAUGCCAACUAUAACCAGUCACGGCGGAGAGUCAGGGAUGAGCAGCUGAUGACAACCAUUUUACAAACAAUGAGACGUGAUGGAAAUGUUAUGAUAGCUGUGGACACAGCUGGCAGAAUGCUAGAACUUGCACAACUUCUGGAUCAGAUGUGGAGAAGUACAGAGUCUGGACUGACAACUUACUCACUUGCAUUGUUAAACAAUGUCAGCUUUAAUGUCGUCGAAUUUGCAAAGUCACAGGUAUGAGUAAAAUAAAGCAAACCUUAU